UACAACGAAAAUCAGACUUCGUGGUCGUGUUGAUUUUUCGUCAACGUUUUUCGUGGAAAUUACUGGAAUAUCACGAAAUCGCUGUUGUCGCCACGCUAGUGGUGGUCCCAUCUGAAUCAAAGGUAUCACCGAAUUAAGCAAGAAUCACUCGAUAACCGUGAACGUUGUAAUAAACUCAAUAGUCAUUAAAUUCUCACGUUAGUUUUCAUCACAAAGAUAAAAAUUUAAUAAAAAAUGUCGGACUGGGACACCGUGCCGAUUACGCUCCGAAAGAAGGCCCCAAAAGGCUCAGCACUGAAAUCGGAGAAGGCAAUCAACAAUGCACGUCGCCAGGGAGUUGCAGUCGACACUCAAGUUAAAUGGGGAGGUGGUGCUAAUAAGCAACACGUAACUACUAAAAACACAGCAAAACUCGAUCGCGAAACUGAGGAGUUGAAGCAUGAGACUGUACCGCUGGACCUGGGGAAGCUGAUUCAGCAGGGAAGAGCUAAUAAGAAUCUGUCACAGAAGGAUCUUGCCACGAAAGUCAACGAAAAAGUUCAAGUGAUAAACGACUACGAGGCAGGUCGUGGCAUCCCCAAUCAGCUGGUAAUCGGUAAAAUUGAGAAAGUCUUGGGCAUGAAACUUCGCGGAAAGGACCGCGGUAAACCACUAGAGCCCCGGGGAUCAUCAGCGAAACAUUGAAUCUCCGGGGAACCAACGAGUACUUGAAAACUUUCUUUAAGGUUCUAACAACUACGACAACAACACAAAAUUCAAAGAAAAAAAAAGUCAAAAUGCGUACGUGAAUGCUAGAGUCACCAGAGAUAAUCUCCCAACACCGUUUUGUUUUCUUGUUUCCUUCCUCCUUCACAAAUUGUUUCUUUUCUUUCUCAUCUUUAUGCUUCAUUUUUUGAUACGAUGUAUUAUAACAUAGAUUUUUGUUACACCUCUGUUUAUAUAUUUGAAAAAACAUAGAUAUUUUAUAAGAGCUUAAAAAUUAAAAAGAAAAGUAAAUCAAUGAGUAUAACGUGUAGGUGAAUGUUACUCACAUAGGAAUCAUUAAAACAACUCACAAUUAUCGAUAAUAGAAUUCAUGUGGUUAUUCGUAGAAUGAUGUAUAAGAAUUUCCAUCGUGAUUUAUCCUGAAAUUGUACUGAGUUCACUAAUAAAUGUAAUUUAUGACUGUAAAUUUUUUUUUUCAUCUGUUAUACUGUUUUUCGAAAUAAAUUAUUAAUGGAAAA